UUCUGAUUCUGCCGUCAAGUUGACAACUGGAUGCCGCCAAAAUCCAAAGUCGACAAUAAAAUAAAACAAGAAGAUAAGCUAACUGCUAUAAUUUGCUUGGUAAUGUAAAUAUUCAUUUUGGACAAUUUUUUGGAUAAAUUGACGGAUUUAUAUAAUAAUAUCCAAAAAGAAUUUAAACACUACGUUCAAUAAUAUCAUUGAUCUAAAGAGUGCACAUUAAAUUUUUAUUAAGGUCCAUUCUCCAUUCAUUCAUCAGUUAGUAAAAUAUCAAACAUGAGCCUUUGGGUGGAUAGACAUCGGCCAAAAGAUUUGAUGAAAUUGGAUUAUCACAAAGACCAAGCUGUUCGCCUGAAAAGUCUUGUUCAACAAGGUGAUUUCCCCCAUCUUUUGGUCUAUGGACCUUCGGGAGCUGGCAAAAAAACCAGGAUUAUGUGCUUGUUGCGGGAAUUAUAUGGUUCAGGCGUGGAACGGUUGCGUCAAGAAACAAUGCAUUUUACUACACCUUCUAACAAGAAAAUUGAAAUUAUGACUGUUAGCAGUAAUUAUCACAUUGAAGUAAAUCCAACUGAUGUGGGUAUACAUGAUCGAGUUGUCAUCAUGGACCUUGUGAAGAAUGUCGCACAAACACACCAAAUUGAUUCAUCAGGACAAAGAGAAUUUAAAGUUAUAAUUUUAAAUGAAGUGGAUGAUUUGACAAAAGAUGCUCAGCAUGCUUUACGUAGAACUAUGGAAAAAUAUGUAGCAACUUGUCGUCUCAUACUCAUAGCAAACUCUAUAUCACGUGUUAUUCCAGCAAUUAGAUCAAGAUGUUUGACAAUCAGAGUGCCUGCUCCUACAGAAAAUGAAAUUGCAAAUGUUCUGCACAAUGUAUGCAAAAAAGAAGGCCUAAGUUUGCCAUCUGAGUUGGGAAUGCAGAUUGCGAAAUGUGCUGACCGAAAUUUACGGAGAGCUCUCCUAAUGUGUGAAGCAUGUAAAGUUCAACAGUAUCCAUUUAAAUCAGACCAGAAAAUUCCUGAACCAGAUUGGCAGCAGUUUAUAAGAGAAACUGCUUCAAUGAUACUCUCAGAACAGUCACCUAAGAAACUUGGAGAGGUGCGACAAAAGCUAUAUGAAUUAAUUAUACAUGGAGUGCCCCCUGACAUGAUUUUUGCUGGACUGCUUAAAGAACUUGUAAGGAAUUGUGAUAUAGCUAUGAAAUGCCAGGUAGCAAGUUAUGCAGCUAUGUUUGAGCAUAGAAUGAGACUGGGUAAUAAAGCAAUAUUCCAUUUAGAAGCCUUUGUUGCUAAGUUUAUGUCUAUAUAUAAGAAGUUUGUAGAAGAGUCCUUAGGAGAUGUUUUCUAAUCAAUUACAUUUUUAAUAUAUAAUAUUUUGGUAUUA